ACUCCUCCUUCAGCAAGUGUGGCUGGUUAGGCACGGAAAAGCAUUCGUAUUCCUCGAGAUGUGCGUUUCGCUACUGUACUUCAGAAAGGGACGGAGUUAAACCGAGGACUCCUGAAGAAAAAAGGCACCCUUUUUUCUAACCUUCCCUCCUCUCUGACUCUGAAUUAAUUAGUGAUGAAGCGGCUGCCGCUGGUGAUGCGUUUCUAUGAGAGAGACGACGGUAUAGUCGGAAGCAGCAACCUUAGCCUGAGCAGCCUGGGUUAAAAAGUGAAAUCGAUGGUUCAUCUGCGGCGCAACUAAAUCUAGACUGAUGACUCGUACAAAUUCCUUCACAACCACCGACUUCAUUUAAGAUGUGCAUCAGAGUUGCUUCCCCUGUUCAACAUCCCCAAACGUUCCACCAGAUGCUAGCUGAAGACUUCCUGCUCAGAUGGUUUGAUUACAGGGGUUCAACUGGAGUUGCUGCAGAAACACCAUUUCUUUAAACCCCUCCAUCAUUUUUCCUAGGUUUUUCCUCAUGGCCCAUCUACUAUUUUCAGCUUUCUUCCUGGCGGCUCAGACGCAUGCCGUUCCGAAAGAGUAUUUUCAGCAGACAGAAGGAGAAGUACUGGAUUCACUGAAGCUGCAAGUGGGAUUACUAGCUAAUGAGACGGAAAACUACCCUCCACAGGUGAAACCUCCAGGGACAAACAGACGAAUCCCUCAAAGCAUUAUCAUUGGAGUGCGCAAAGGAGGAACCAGAGCUUUACUGGAAAUGCUGGAUAUUCACCCCAAUAUUGUAGUGGCUGCCACAGAGGUUCAUUUCUUUGACUGGGAUGAAAACUACGUGAAAGGAUUUGACUGGUACAAGAACUUGAUGCCUUUCUCAUAUGAACACCAAAUUACUGUGGAGAAAACGCCUGGUUAUUUCACCUCUCCGCUUGCAGCAGAAAGAAUCCAUGAGAUGAACAGUUCUAUCAAAUUGCUUUUGAUUCUGAGGGACCCCACUGAAAGGGUGAUAUCUGACUACACGCAGGUCUACUACAAUAGACUGGAAAACCGCAAGCCAGUACAGGUGAUUGAGGACAUUGUCAUUAGAAAUGGGGCUUUGAACACAAAAUACAAAGCUAUUCAAAGGAGUCUCUAUGAUCUCCACAUGGAAAACUGGCUCAAAUAUUUCUCUCUGGACCAAAUUCACAUUGUUGAUGGAGAUACCCUGAUAAAAGACCCCUUGCCAGAACUGCAAAAAGUGGAGAAGUUCCUCAGUCUUCCUCCCAGAAUAAUGCCCUCUAACUUCUAUUUUAAUCAGACCAAGGGGUUCUAUUGCAUUCGCAGUGAUGGAAGGGAAAGAUGCCUUCAUGAAUCAAAGGGCAGGCCCCAUCCAGUUGUCAACAAUACUGUGCUGGAGCAGCUGCGUGCUUACUUCAGAGAACACAACAACAACUUUUACAGAAUGGUCAACCGUUCCUUCAACUGGCAUUAAGAGGCAGUAGCUCUGUCCUUUUUACUUUUACUUUGCGAGCACAACUGUGUAUUGCACUCUAAUGCAAAAAGGUUAUUUAAUAAUGCUAAAAAGUGAAAGCACUUUACAAUCCAUGUUACUGAAGGAUUUGACCACUUCUGAUGCUUUUCAAAGAUGCCUUUACACAGCUCCUGUAUCUUUAGAACAUUUUUGAACAGAUGGGAGAAAAAACCUGAAUAUUAAUGCAGUGUUCUGUUUGUGAAAAUGCAGAUAAUUGCAAUUACAAUUUUGUGAAACUCUUAAACAUUUUUGUCUGUUUAUCCUGUUCUUUAAUAAAUGGUAUUGGUUUAAAUGGAAUGAACUAAGAUUUAAUGUCUCUUUCCAGCUUGUAAUCACUCCUAACAAGACAGGUAAGAGAUGCAUAUUGAGAAGGAUGUGAACUACAUUAAAUAUAAGAAGCAGAUAAACUUUUGGUUUCAAAUGCAGUUGAGUACCAUAGUGGGGAAAAAAGAAACAGUGUUGGAUAUUCAGAACUGUGCAUAUAGCAAUCAAUUAAGUAACUACUGUUGAGUAAGGAAAUUACAUCUAUACUGCGCCUCGUUUUCUACAACUGUAAAUUGGUUUGCCAGUGUAAUGCUGAACUUGCUUUUUAAGCCAGGAAGGAUUUAUGCAAGUAUUGCGAUUGAGAAGCAAAAAACACUCAUUUUAUGGCAUGCACUAGUACUCCAACAGUUCAUGCCAGUAGCUUCAAGGUCUCAGUUUUGUCUGGUUGUGUGUUGUUUUUAUUUUACACAGCAGAGAAAGUUACUGUAUCUUUCAUUGCUGGGAACAGAGUCCUCCCACCGUUGAUACAGCAUGUUUCUUUUACAGCGGCCUUCAGAGUUAUCAGCAUGUAAUAACCCUGACUCACAGCUCUUUACGUAGAUGAGAAUGACACUUCAGCUUUGACAGUCCUUUCUUUUUUAUAGUAUUUCAGAUAUUUAAUUUUCAUUAAUUUCCAACAGUAUUAACCAUUUGGGUCAUUGCGGUAAAUGACUUACACAAUUUUUAGUUUUUGUUUGUCCCCUCUUUAUAUGAUCAAUAGCUUUACAAGACAUAGUAUGCUGUAGCAGUCCACAGAAUUUUAGUAGGGAUCUUUGACAAUAAAAGAUACAAAUCUUAAACUGACCACAAGGGGGCAAUUUUCUUAUGUCUUAUUA